UCUCACCGAUAGUUGCAAGUGAUUUUAGAUAAUUGCCGGCUAAGUAGGUGCAGCGAAUUCAAUCGAUCGAUCAAAUGCCGCCAUGUAUCACGAAUCGCCUGCAAUUAUCGGUGAGGUGAGAAGAGGCCCCUACGCAACGCCUUGUCUCUCAUACAAUUUGAAAACAGACUGGAUGUUAUCAGUUCACAUGUAAAAGCGGCGCGAUACUGGAAACCCGCGCGUGUGGUUAUGAUGUUUAUGUGUGCCUGUUAAUACUAUAAAUAAUGUUAUUAAAACGUUAAGUGUAAUCUAAUUUACAUGUGUAAAUAAAUUGACUGCGGGACAUGACGACCAACGGUGUCGAUAUCCAUGAGUUGGAAAAGUUAAAUUCAAGUGGCGGCUGUCUCUCAGAAGCUCAAAAAAAGGAAGAAUGCAAAGAACCAGAGCAACAAAAAUGGAAAAUAAUUAUGGAACCGGCCCUUAUAGGCGCUAUGGUAGCCAUAAACCUUUCGCAGACCUCACUGCAGAUCCUGUACCUGCGCACGGCCUGCAUGGUUGACCUGAAGAUCGCUCCAGAAAUAUGCGACAAAGGCGUUGGAGAGGAGUUCAGAAGCGCUGAGGCAGCAAGUCAGACGGUCGUUUCACAAGUCAACGUCAGUCGAAGUUUUGUAGGAGCACUAAUUUCCACCAUCAUAUUACUAUUCGUCGGGCCGUGGAGUGACUGCAGUGGCAGAAGAAAACCAAUUAUUAUUCUACCUUUAGUGGGCAUGUGCGUGAUGACAACGUGCAUCAUUCUUCUGAGUAGCUUCCCGGGCUUCAACGCGACGCAAACUCUGUACGCAGUGCAGAUACCGAUGUCUCUCGGAGGAAAUUUUGGUCUCAUGCUGGCGGGCGCUUUCAGCCACAUCGGAGAUGUGUGCCACGCAACAGGCCGGGACGUCACCCGCACCAUGGGCACACACCGCGCGGCCAUCCAAAUAGCACACGUCAUGGGCGCCGUGAGCGGGCCGCUGCUCUACCGUCAACUAGGAUUCCACGGUGUGUUUCCUAUUGCAUUAUUCCUGCAGUUUUCGUCUCUGAUAUUCGUGAUAGUGUACGUGAAGGACGUGAACGUGAACCCGGCCAAUAAGGUCUCCGUGGUGAACUGGCGGCUUCCAUUCCUGGCCAUUAAGUGCCUAGUGCGGGCGCGGCAGGACCACAGGAGGACCAUCAUAUUCCUCAUGCUGCUGGUGGGCCUGUCGGACAAGCUGCUGUUGUCUACCGAAGUAAUGCUGGCCUUCAUGUACUACAGGAAAAAGUUCAACUGGGAUGAUAUAACAUUUGGAUUAUUCCUCGCCUACCGGAAUAUUGUCAGUUUCCUGGGAACGAUGUUGAUCCUGACCCUGCUGAAGCGGCGGCUGCGGCUGUCAGACGAGGCGGUGGGCGUGCUGAGCUGCCUGUCCUACCUGCUGGCCACCUCCGGCCUCAUCGCAGCUAGACACACAUAUGUAGUUUUCUUACUUGCUUUGGUGGGCAUCAUAAGUCAGGGCUCACAAGUUGUACAAAGGCCGAUUUUGAAUAAGCAAAUUUUACCAACCGAACAAGGUAAAAUCUACAGUGUUCUCGGAGCUCUCGAAUCGGCAACCCUUAUCGUAUCUUCUCCCCUCUACAACUACCUGUAUAGCAGAACUGUCAAGACCAUGGCCGAUGCGUGGCUGUUGCCAUGCCUUGCUUUAGCUACUAUACAACUAUUGUCAUUCGUUGUUACUAGGAAACUAAUACAAAAGAGUAAUUAUCAUGAACCGCAUGCACUGCCUGAGAAGCUUGUAGUCGCUCCACAAGUUCUCUUAGAAGAUAAUUGUGAACUUGUAAAAAAAAAAUGAAAAUGUUACAUUAAAACCAAAGAAUCAAAUCGGCUUUGCCGAAAAGGUAACCUGAUAUUGUAAAAUCGAAUAAAUGUUAGCUUAACA